AUGACGGAAAGAACCCCUAGGGACCUUUUGCUUCCGCCGUUCACAGCCCCUAGAGUGGACUUGAGAAUCGCGCCGUUGAGCAGAGUCACUCAUCACUCAUCUCCACACGUUAUGUCCCAACAGUCUCAAAACAUUCAAACCCUUCUCGAUGCAGAAAAGGAGGCGGCCAAGCUCGUCCAACAAGCACGGCAGUACCGCACGCAGCGCCUAAAGGACGCACGUACAGAGGCGGAUAAGGAAAUUGCGGAGUAUAGGAAACAGAUGGAUGCGGAAUACAAGAAAUUUGAGGCCGAGCGCUCGGGGAGCACCCAGUCUGUGCAGUCGGGCAUCGACAAGGAGACAGAGCAGAGGAUCUCUUCAAUCAACGAUGCUUUUGAGAAGAACCGGAGGGAUGUGGUGAAGAAGCUGCUCGAGCGGGUUGUCGAAGUUCACCCGGAGAUGCACCGGAACAUCCACAAGGUGUAG